UGCAUCGGAACGUGAUAGAAGUGAUACAUUUUUCUAAAUCCGUGGUCAGUGCGCUAGAAUGGAAAUACGAGAAUACCUUUUGGUGUUCAUCGUAGCUGCUAUCACUGAUAAUCACAGUCUCGGUGGACGCGUUGUUCCAUAUAAAGCUGUCAUCGAGUACAAGGGUAGUGCAUAUUGCGGUGGUUCAGUGAUUGAGACGGCUUGGAUUCUAACGGCGGCCAGAUGUGUGAUGAACAAAACCAUAUCGUACCUUACGGUACGGCUGGGGUGCAACAGUCUAAACGAAGGUGGAGUUCUGUACGGUGUGAAAUCUACUCACGUUCAUCCGAAACAUAACCCAGAAACAGCAAAGCGAGCUCUGGCUUUGCUGAAGUUAAGUACCACAUUAAAGUUUUCCUCAACUGUCAGCUCAAUUCCGUUGGUCAAACCUGGCUACGGCAUGGAAGAGGGCACGGGCUGUUCAAUUCCAAGUUCCAUAGCCAAUAUAACGGAAAUCAAAGCCAAACUGUGGACUCGAGAAAAAUGCCAAACGGAUUACCCGAGUGCAGUCAAUUUCACAGACGACGCAUUGUGCGCAAAGAUCACGACCGCCAAUAACAACACCAUCCAGUGUAAUGACAAUCAGCACCAGCCCCGACUACGCUUCAUGCUAGGCAGCCCGUUAGUAUGCGAAGGCAAGCAAGUUGCAAUCGUGUCGCGUUUGGGUGUAGAGUCGAUGCAAGCCGUUGCCAUGCUCGCAGCUUCAACUUCAGCCGCUGGUGGAGUACCAGAAUGGGCCGUAGGCCAAUGCGGUGGUGACCCUAGCGACGCCGGACUGGCCGGACAGAGUUUUGCUAUCUACGGCAGGCCGGAUUAUUUCACAGAUGUAGCUUUCGGUAAUAAAUGGAUCGAUUCGCUCACCGUACGGAGGAAACGGAAACCGGGCACCGGUCCGCAUAGACGCCGAACGUCCACGAAGGGCUGGCGGAACCACCGUAACGGAGCGCCGGGUGUGAGUGGUUCCGUUCUGAUGAUUGUGUUGGUAGUGAGCGGCUGUAUGAUGGUUGAUGCUUUAUGACAUUUUUUAUGAAAUGCAA